UUUUAAGGCAAAGCCGCGCCUAAUCAACGUGCCCAAUACCAAUCAACCAAUCUCUUGGACUAGGUCUUACCAGCAUGCCCGAUCUUCGCGAUGAUCCCCGCAGCAAAAGCGGCCGAAAUCCAUCCCGGCUGCCACCAAGAAUCUCCCUUUGGGGCAGCCGCUAGUGUCGGGAGCUGUUCUUCCCGAACACUUCUGCGACAUGCCUUGCCCUGUUUCAGACAAGCUGAUGAUGAUGAUGGGCUUGCACGACCACGCGCCCGUCUGUGCUACACGCCCGGAUCUACCUUUUCGUAGGUUUGUUUGCGGGGGCUGAGAACAGAGGCCAGAGGACAGGAUGCGGUGAGUAGGCUACUCUGUAGGACGGGGCUGAUGAAUGAAACGUUUGACUUGGUUUGUUGUUCGCGCAUCACGCCCUCUCCAUUAUCGCGCUUUCAACAUCUGCAUCUGUCUUUGUGAUAUAUUCGUUUACAGCUCGCUGACUCGAAUAAUUCUCCAUUCUCAGUCAACAAAGGCCCACAGCUCUGGUGUACUUCACUCCUAGGGCUUUCAAUGAACACUCCGGCAU